AUGGAGGUGUGUGUCAUUGCCAAGUGCACAUAUAAGUCGGAAACCAUCAUGUUUUCAGUUUCAUCAGAGUCAUCCAUGGUUGAUAUUUUGAAGACUUUGUGUCUGAGGUUUAGGGGUUUGCAGUUGGGUUGUUUCACAUUACGGUAUUCGGUGCCCAGUUAUCCGAGUUGUUUUCUAGAAACGGAUAGCGAUUUGGACUUGAUGAGGACAUUUUUGUUGAUAUCAAAUGAGAAGACUGUUGAUAUUUUAGUGAAGGAUUUAUGCGGGAGCAGUGAAUAUAGUGGUGAUUUUUGUGUAAAUAAGGAGUUGAUAGCAUGUGAAAAGGGCGAGUCAUCGUGUUCUAGUACUGUCGAAGACAGAAACGAGUUUUUGGGCAGGUCAAAGAGAGCAAGUGCUAAGCCUUUGUUGUCGAAUGAGUGGGAGACAUACAUACAUCAUGUGGGGCAGAAGUUUGACGAUGGUGCAGAGGAGUUCCGGUUGAAAUUGUGCAAGUACGCUCUUGAAGUAGGAUUUAAUUUUUUAUAUGCCGGCAAUGACAAGAAGCGGGUGGUUGCUGUUUGUUCGAAUAAGAAAUUGGAGGGUUGCAGCUGGCGUGUUUAUGCUUCUCGUUGUGAAGCUACUGAAUUCGUGAAACCAGAGCUGAAGCCAGUUGAGAUUAUACACGAGUUCAAAGAUUAUUAUGGUAUAGACAUUUCAUACUACCACGCAUGGUUUGGCAAAGAGUUAGCUAAAUUGGACGUUCACGGUGAUGAGUCGAAGUCCUUUAACGAGUUAGUGUGGUAUGCGGACGCCGUAAAGGAAACUAACACUGGUUCUCUCUGCACUCUUGAUUGUGAAGCUGGAAUUAAUCGCUUUCGAUGGUUUUUUGUGUCUUUUGGCGGUUGCAUUGCUGGAUUUCAAUAUUGCAUACCCUUGUUGUUCAUUGAUGCUACGUUUUUGAAGAGCAAGUACAAGGGGCAGCUUCUCUGUGCUUCGGGAAAGAAUGGAAAUCAAGGGUUUUAUCCCCUAGCUUUUGGAGUUGUUGAUUCUGAGACAGAGGAGAAUUGGACUUGGUUUCUUCAACAUUUGGCUUCUAUAUUGCUACCGAUGGGGAGAGUGGUGACCUUUUUCUCGGACCGCAAGCAAGGUUUGUUAAAUGCAAUGGGGUUUGUGUUUCUCGGAUGGCCUCAUUCUUACUGUUAUUAUCACCUCAAACAGAAUUUGAUAUCAAAGUACCCGAAGUCAGGUUAUGGAAAAUUGCUCCAAGACCGUGUUAUCAAUUUAUUUAGUAGAUGCGCAUAUGCUGUUACGGAGGAAGAGUUUAAGGUAGCAAUGGAGGAGUUGGUGAUUGUUGGGAGUUCGAAAGUGAAGACAUUUAUAUCUGAUUUGUCUAGAGAUCACUAUGCCAAUGCAUUUUUCAAAGGAAUGCGUUAUGGGGAGAUGGCAAACAGUUUAGCAGAGUCCUUUAAUAAUUGGGUUGGUGUGUUUCGAGAUUUGUCGGUGCUACCUUUGAUAGAAGGGAUUCGACAGAAAUUGAUGGUAUUGAAUUCUCAACGACGAAUUGAAGCAGAGAAGUGGACAACAGUUUUGUGUCCGGAGAUGGAGACUAGACUCUGUGAAAAUGCAGAGGCCGGUAGGACUUGGGCAGUUCGUCGUUCUAAUUGCACUGUUUUUGAAGUAUUUGCUGAUUAUUCUGUGAUGGUUGAUCUCGAGCAAAGGACUUGUUCUUGCCGUCUUUGGCAAAUUGACGGUUUUCCUUGCACACAUGCGGUGGCUGCAAUCCUAGCAAAGAGAGAUUCAGUUUAUGAUUACGUGGAGUGUUACUACAAAACCGACUUCUUUCGAAAAGCCUAUGAGAGUCCUAUUUUUCCUAUUCCAGAUAUUGGGAAAGGAUUGGGCAGCAAUGGUUCUGCAGCUGGAGUUGUGCUUCCGCCAAUUACAAAGAGGCCAGCCGGAAGACCACCAACAAAGAGGAUCAAAGUUUUUGGUGAAUUUAAAAGGCCAUUGAAAUGCAGUCGGUGCAGUGUUGCUGGGCACAAUAGGAAGACUUGCAAGGCUAUUAUAUGAACACUCCUUCUCAUUUGACAAUUUUUUAUUUUAGAUAUG